AUGGUCAGACUCAAUCCACUCGACUAUAGGAUCGCCUUGAUCGCAGUCCUCGAGAUCGAGGCUCAGGCUGCCCUGCAUAUGCUCGACCACAGGCACGACGGCGAAUUCUCUCUCGAUCGUGGUGACGAUUAUGUCUUCCAUGCUGGCGAUAUCAAUGGUCGAAAUGUCAUUAUCGCGACAUUCCCAGCUGGCCAAAAUUACGGGACCGGAUCUGCAGCAGCUCUUGCGAGUCAAACAAAGAGUUACUUCCGCAACCUAUGGUUUGGCCUGCUUGUUGGCGUCGCUGCGGGUCUUCCGAACCACUCGAGAAACCCGCCCGUUGAUAUUCGCCUUGGCGAUGUCCUCGUUGCGCUGCCCAAAGGUGACAGUGCCGGAUUGGUAUCGUACGACUUGGGCAAAACGACAGAGGCCGGGUUCGAGCUACUUGACGGAGGUCGCGUACUUGCCAAAACAGAGCAGGUUAUCAGGUCUGCUAUUGGUGCAAUCAAGAUCAAUGCGCCGAAUGAUAGCAGGCUCUUUCUUCCUUUCUACGAAGCUAUGCAAGACGAAGAGCAUUCCUUUGAAUUCUCAAAGGAUCAAACUUUUCGCGAUCCUGGACAAGACGAAGACAAACUCUACAGCAUUGGUCAAGACGGCACUGGUCAUGAAGUGCACCGGGCGAAGCGCCCCGAUAGCAAGCGCACUCGCGUCUGGUACGGACCGAUAGGCUCCGGAGACAAGCUCAUGAAGAAUUCUCGCGAGCGCGAUCGUCUGAGAGACCAGUACGGUAUCAUUGGCUUGGAGAUGGAGGCUGCCGGUAUAUUGUCCAGCCUGCCUGUGGGUGUUAUUCGAGGUGUGUGUGACUAUGGCGACAGCCACAAGAAUAAGCAGUGGCAACCAUACGCGGCAGCCAUGGCAGCUUGCUACGCCAAAGCAAUCCUGAUGAAGAUUGGGCAAGGGGAAGAGGCACCAUUAGCCGCUGGUCAGUCUGUCCAAUAA